ACGUGGUGCCAAUGGAGAGAAACUUUACCAAUUUUUACGCUAAUUACUUUAUCGCGAGUGCUACAAAGUUACUCAGAUGUAUUAGAGUGCCCUUGGAAUCUUUAUAACCCACAACGAAGACAGUAGUGCCAGGGAAGUGUUGGUAAAUAAGUUAUAACAGUGUUGUGUGGAGUGAGAGACUGUCUGGCUGGGUGAUUGCUGUUGCCUUGGUUCCCUUCUGCUGUCCUGCCGUUGCCUUGCUGUGUUCUAAUGAGGUGCAUUUUGGAGUGAGGUCGUUGUGCGAAGUGGGACGCCGAGUGUAGUAUAUAAAGGCAGCUAGGCGGAGAGGGCAGCACGAGUUCUUCUACAGCGCUUCAAUGACGUCCCUCCUCUCCUUCGCGUGUCUCCUCCUCGUCCCCCUGGCUUCUGGGGACACGGGCGUUUCCUACUCUGCCCCGACUGUCUCCUUUGGUGGUGGUAGUGGUGGCGGCGGCGGCGGGUUUGGGGGCGGUGUUAGCAGCACCUACUCCGCUCCCAGCAUUGGCUUCAGCAGCGGCGGCGGCUUUGGAGGUCUUGGUGGCUCCGGCGGUCACGGUGGCUCCGGCGGCGGCUAUGGCGGCUCCAGCGGCGGCGGUUUAGGUGGUCAUGGUGGCUCCGGCGGCGGCUUCGGUGGCUUAGGUGGUCAUGGUGGCUCCGGCGGCGGUUAUGGCGGCUCCAGCGGCGGCAGUUUCGGUGGCUUAGGUAGUCAUGGUGGCUCCGGCGGCGGUUAUGGCGGCUCCAGCGGCGGCAGUUUCGGUGGCUUAGGUGGUCAUGGUGGCUCUGGCGGCGGCUACGGCGGCUCCAGCGGUGGCGGAUUUGGCGGUCGCGGUGGCUCCGGCGGCUAUGGUGGCUCCAGCGGCGGUGGCUACGGGACUGCUACCGGCUACAGUGUGUUCAACCUGGGACACGGUGUGACGGGCGGUCGCGGGGGCGGCCGUGGUAGCGGCAGCGGUGGUUAUGGUGGCGGCCUGGGCGGCGGUCUCGGAGGCGGCGCCGGUGGCGGCGCUGGUGGUGGAUACGGCGGCAGCCACGGCAGCGGGUUCGGCGGUGGUCUCGGUGGCGGCAGCGGCAGCGGCGGCUAUGGCAGUAGUCAUGGCAGCGGAAUUGGCGGCGGUGCUGGUGGCGGGCGGCUACGGUGGUGGACUCGGCGGUGGACUGGGUGGCGGAAUCGGUGGAGGCGUUGGUGGUGGCUACGGCGGAGGACUCGGUGGCAGCAGCAUCGGCGGCGGCAUCGGCGGCGGCAUCGGCGGCGGCAUUGGUGGCGGAUAUGGCGGUGGACUCGGUGGUGGACUCGGCGGCGGCUCCCAUGGACUUGGCGGCGGUAGCGGUGGCGGAUAUGGCAGCGGCAGCGGCGGCUUUGGCGGCAGUGUUCACGGCGGCAGCUCAGGUGGCAGCUACGGCCGCUGAGAAGCACGCCACACCAGCCUGUGCAGCUCACCGACCCACAGCUGCCCCACCACGAGACCUCGCCCAACACUGCAUCUUUACUUGUUUUGUAUUUAUUAUCCCACGAAGUGCAUCACGUGGCUAUCUGUCUGUCUGUCUGUCUGUCUGUCCAUGCAUCUACAACACUUUUUUUAUGUCUAUCCGCGAAGCUCGAAAUAAAUAAGUAUUACCUCGUAA